AUAUAGCUGUUGUUGGUAUCAAGAUGGCAGCGCCCAUGUUGAGUUAGAGGGAUGUUCUUAUUUUCAGAAUGUAGUGAAUAAAAUUAAUUGCCCUGCUUAGUUUUUUUUUUCUCGGUGCGGAUUUAUGUUCUGUCGCUUUUUUUCACAUGGUUUUGUUGUGAAUCAGGCUAAGCAGUGAAACUAUGGCAGCCAUCAAAGCAUCAGCAGGGGAUGUCAACAGUCGGAUGAGCAUGGCCUCUCAAUUUUUUGCAGAGGAGGACAGUUUGGCUCUAGACAGCAUGACUACUUCAGAAAGGGUUGUGGACUUACUUAACCAGGCUUCUUUGGCUGUCAGUGAUGCUAAACUCACUAUGCUCAAACAGGUUCAGGAACUCAUUAUAAACAAGGAUCCCACGCUACUGGACAAUUUCCUGGAUGAAAUCAUAGCCUUCCAGGCAGAUAAAAUGGUAGAGGUACGAAAGUUCGUUGUAGGAUUUAUAGAAGAAGCUUGUAAAAGAGACAGUGAGCUGCUGCUAAAACUCAUUGCCAACUUGAACAUGUUGCUGAAGGAUGAGAAUGUCAAUGUGGUGAAGAAGUCCAUCCUCACAAUGACCCAGUUGUACAGAGUGGCAUUACAGUGGAUGGUCAAAUCAAGAGUGAUAGGCGAGCUACAGGAAUCAUGCUGGGAAAUGGUGUCUAGCAUGGCAAGUGAUAUUAUAGGGAUGCUGGAUUCUGACAACGAUGGGAUCAGAACACAUGCUAUCAAGUUUGUUGAGAGUCUUAUCAUCACCUUGUCUCCACGUACACCAGACUCAGAUGUCCCAAAAAAGCAAGAGAAUGAAAUCAGCCUUGAUAAAGUCCCAAAGGAUCACCCUUACAUCAAAUACGAUCAAUUGAAUGAGGAAGGCAAGGAAGCUCUUGAGCAACUGUUGAAGUUUAUGGUCCAUCCUGCCAUCUCCAGCAUCAACCUAGUUACAACAUUGGGAUCUCUGGCUAACAUUGCACGACAGCGGCCCAUGUUUAUGUCCGAAGUUAUCCAGGCUUAUGAAACACUGCAUGCUAACCUUCCCCCUACUUUGGCAAAGUCCCAAGUAAGUAGUGUAAGGAAGAACUUAAAACUACAUCUUCUGAGUGUGCUGAAGCAUCCAUCAUCCUUAGAAUUUCAUGCACAGAUUACUACACUGCUAUUGGACCUUGGAACCCAGCAGCAAGAAAUUUUAAGGAACAUGCCCAGUUUGAGGGAUAUGCGAAAACGCCAGCGUGAGGAGAGUGACAAAGGGACCAAAAUGUUGAAAAUUGAACCACCACUGGCUGAAGAUGAUGAGGAUAAGGAUCUGGAGACGGUUUCAACAUCGGUCCCAAAGACACCCACUCAGAGCACCCAGUCUGCCAUUGAUAUCACUGCGGAGUUCUUGACGCCACUUCUGACACCAGAAAAUGUUGCCAAUUUGGUUUUAAUCAGCAUGGUUUACCUUCCUGAUACAAUGCCUGCAUCUUUCCAAGCGACAUACACUCCUGUUGAAUCUGCAGGUACUGAAGUGCAGAUCAGACAUCUUGCAAGGCUCAUGGCCACACAGAUGACUUCAGCUGGUCUUGGACCAGGUGUAGAACAACUGAAGCUUCCUAAACCAGAACAGAAAGAAGAUAAAGGCGUUAAACAAGAAGGUGUGGUUAUUAAACGCCGUCUCUCUGCUCUGUCACAGGGGCAAGCAAUUUCUGUGGUAGGUUAUACAGAACCUUCUCAACCUGAAGAAGCCCCACAAGCCAAGCGACGCCCAGAGCCUAUAAUUCCAUCAGCACAGACCAGAUCUGUGGGAAGUAGUGGACGAAAAAAAGUAUUCCGUCUGAGUGAUGUGAUUCAGAAACUGUCCGAUUCACAGAUGGAGAAUAUGAAGUUCGCAGCUGUGAAUAGGAUUCUCCAGGCAGAAAAGGCUGUUGCAUAUAGUGGUGCAGCCCAGAUCCGUGUGAAGAUCCUGUCUCGCCUCAUCACCCAAUUUGAUGGAAGGCUAAAAGCAAGAGUGUUGGAUUUCAUCUUGGAGGAUAUUAGAAACCGCCAUGACCUGGCUUUUGCAUGGAUUUUUCAGGAGUAUGCCAUCUAUUUGAACCAGUACCCAAAGGGUUCACUGAAGAAUUAUGAAGAGUGCCUUAUUUCACUGCUAGUGGGUUUACAGGAAAGGCCUGAGCAGAAAGAUGGGUUGUUUUCAAGACUGGUGUUGGAGGCCCCUAUCAUUACAGAAAGUGCACUGGAAGUAGUCAGAAAGUACUGUGAAGAUGAGACUAGAGCAUGUCUAGGAAUGUCUAUCCUUCAAGAUCUAAUCUUUAAGCGACCUUCAAGGCAGUUUCAGUACUUACAUGUACUCCUGGAUUUGUGUUCUAGUGAGAAGGACAAGGUCCGCAAGAAAGCUUUGUUAUGUAUAAAGAAGAUGUAUGAGAAGGAACAGUUGCGCGAGUACAUUGAGAAAUUUGCUCUGAACUAUUUGCAGCUACUUGUUCAUCCCAUUCCACCUUCUGUAUUAUUUGGUGCUGAUAAGGAUACAGAGGUGGCUGCUCCAUGGACAGAUGAGACUGUUAAACAGUGUCUGUAUCUGUAUCUUGCUCUCCUUCCUCAGAAUCACAAGUUAAUUCAUGAACUGGCAUCUGUAUACACAGAAGCUAUUGCUGACAUAAAGCGCACCAUUCUGCGUGUCAUUGAACAACCGAUUCGUGGAAUGGGGAUGAAUUCUCCUGAGCUCUUAUUGCUUGUGGAAAAUUGCCCAAAAGGAGCAGAAACUCUCGUUACACGCUGUCUACAUAUUCUGACAGAUAAAGUGCCUCCAUCACCAGAGCUGGUGAAACGAGUUAGAGACCUGUACCAGAAGCGGCUCCCAGAUGUGAGGUUCCUUAUCCCAGUGCUCAAUGGUCUUGAAAAGAAAGAGGUUAUCCAAGCUCUUCCAAAGCUUAUCAAACUGAACCCUGUUGUUGUUAAGGAGGUCUUCAACCGCUUGCUUGGAACCCAGCAUGGUGAUGGAAAUUCAGCUGUAUCACCACUGAACCCUGGAGAGUUACUAAUUGCAUUGCACAAUAUUGAUUCAUCAAAAUGUGACAUGAAAUCAAUUAUAAAAGCCACAAACCUGUGCUUCGGUGAGAGGAAUGUUUAUACCUCUGAGGUCCUGGCUGUCGUGAUGCAGCAGCUGAUGGAGCAAAAUCCACUUCCAAUGUUGCUGAUGAGAACAGUCAUCCAGUCGCUUACCAUGUACCCGCGCCUUGGUGGCUUUGUGAUGAAUAUCCUUUCUCGUCUCAUUCUGAAGCAGGUGUGGAAAUAUCCAAAAGUGUGGGAAGGAUUUAUUAAGUGCUGCCAGCGUACAAAGCCCCAGUCCUUCCAAGUUUUGCUACAGCUUCCACCUCAGCAGCUUAAUGCUGUCUUUGAAAAAUGCCCAGAGCUACGAGAACCACUGUUAAAUCAUGUUCGAUCCUUCACCCCACACCAGCAAGCUCACCUGCCUAGUGCGAUUAUGGCAGCAUUGGAAGUCAACACUAAAGAGGAUGCUGAGGUUACAGAAUCCAAACCAGAUGAUGAGGAGGAAAUGGAGUGUCAGCCUGUUGCCUCUGCGCAACAAGAAGCAAUGGCAGCCCGUCUAGCACAGGAAAAAGCUCUGAAGCGUCGUUUAGAGGAUGAACAGAAACUCAAACAGCUUGUUACACCACCAAAACCUUUGCAUACCCAUCCUGUUCAGUUGACAUCAACGCCUCUAGAGGAAGCUAUGGAGUUUCAAAAUGAAGAGGCAGAACCAGAAACACCAGCCAUCUUCAUCAACUUGAAGGAUGAGGAUGGUUCUGGUGGGGAAGAGAUCUCCCCUUUUGAAGCUGUUGUAAACAGUAUUAAUGGCAUUAAGGAUUCUACUCCUGGGGAGUCAUCAAGCAAAAGUGUUCCAGUAGAAGCAGAAGAAAAGAGUGAAACGGUAAAGCUCAUCCACAAGGACCAACUAGGACUCGUAUCUUCCGCAACUGCCACAGAUGUUCAGUCUGUGAAGAAGGAGAAGAAAGAAGAUGAACCAAUGGAACAGAGUCUAGAGAAAGAUGUAUAAACAUUUGUAGAAUUAGGGGAGGGUCCAGAGAAGCCAGAUAAACAUAAUUAUAUUUAAAAAAACUGUUGUCUGCAGUAGACAUAAAAAUUGUGCAGAGUGCAUCUCUUCCCUUCCACAGUGACAGAUAACUUAAGUGUAUUACCACUGUUAAGAAAUGGGAACUAAAUUUCUGACAAACCCGUUUAGGCUGUAUUAGAUCUGAUUGCCUUCCCUGCACAGAAACUUUACCUCAGAUAAAUUCAAGACUGUUCCCUGAAUUUUUUUUUUUUGUAAAUGAGACAUUUUAUGUAAAUGAACUCUGAUACUUGUUCAAAAGUUUUUGACAGUGUAAUGAAUUGCUGAUUUGUGAUUGAGAGUAAUGGAAGUAAGUCAUUAUACCUUUAUUCUGA